AUGGCUACCGCAGAUACAAUCAUUGUCUUAGAACACAUCACUAACGUGUCGAACCUGGACAAUCUCUGGAGCCUCCGGAAUGUACCUUCCACCUUCUUAGCCUUGAACAACUCCAACAUUCGAACCUUUGGUUGGAACAUAAACCUGGCGAACCUCUCGGGCUUGACACUGAAUGAUAGCUUCGUCAAUCUCGUCGACGGCAAUUUCGCAAGGGUCGUGCCGAUUCCGAUGCCAGGCUACACGCCGCAGUCUACGUCCUCCCUUGUUUUCGAUGAUCUCCCACCAACUUCAAGUUUGGUAUCAACACCUUCAAGCACGACAAUACCGACCACGCUGCCAUCUACCUCCAGUGUCGUGCGAAAUGCGGAGGUCUGGCAUACUUUUGGCAUUGCCGUAGCAGUAGGUGCUGGUACGGUAUUCACCGCGCUAUCUUUCAUAUGUUGGUUCUAUAACAGAAAGUUCCGAUUAUUAGGAGCAGCACCAAACAUGGGCCUCGCCGACCUUCGGCAAUCUACAUCAAUUGUAGGCGGAACGGUUCAAUCUGUAAACACAGUGAUAAUAGACCAAAAGGGCCCUAAGCUUGAUGUCAGCAAUUAUCCUUACUUCGGAGCGGGAAGCCCUUCGACAGACGCCUCUUGGAGUCUGAAAGAGUCACACUCCGCAAGCCAUGUGGGAAGUCAGCUACAAGCUCCAGACAUGAAGCGUGAUGAUCUGAGGCAAGACAAUUCAACCGCGUCUCUGAAGUUUUAAAACUUCAGCAAGCCUUGGGAGGAGAAAAAAAAAGAAGGGAAAUUACCAAGGCCUUUCAACGACGGCUCAAUAACGAGUUGAGCAGGGCUGACGUGAAAGUUAUCAUGGAUGGUGGCCUAUCGCUAUUUGACACUCAUCCGCGCCAUGAGAGAGGGGCGCAGUCAACGACGAAAGGGUAUAGUCACAUUUAUUAAACAUAUAAGUUGUGUCCAAAAACAUGG